CUUGUUAACAUGAGUCACAUAGAAGCAUUACAGUUAUCAACUUGUACGUAAUCAGACCAUGAACCGACAGGGACACUAGAGCUGAUAGCAAAAACAGAUCAUAUCAUCAGAAUUGGAGAAUAGAUAACAAAAACAAUUGCAAACAAAUGAAUCAAGCAGAGACUGGAGACUGAAUUUGUUCACGCGACCGGCCAAACAUGGAAAAAUCGCAGGUGUGUAUACUACUCCAUCGGUUUCCCGUCUAUGACCCCCAAUGAUUUGCCAACUUUGGAGCGGAGAGACGACAGCAAACCCGUCUCAAAAAUAGGCAGACGCGUCCAUGGACUCAACCAAAACUCCUCGAUUUGCCUCCAAUUUUGCUCGCCGCGCGCCGUCCCCCCUCCACCUACGUCUCCCUUUCCGCCAUUGCAAUCCUUGUUUCCGGGAGGGGAGGAAAGGGAAGCCUCCCAGGGAGGGAGGGAGGGAGGGAGGGCGCGAGGAACAGGGGCUAGCUAGCAGAGGAAGAAGAAGAAGCAGCAGCGACGAGCAGCAGGGUCGGUGGUCGAGCAUGGAACGUAGGAGGAGCCGGCACGCCUUGUUGCUCUUCUCGGCAGUCAUGGCGUCCCUCGUCUCCGGCUCGACCGCCGGGAUAUACCACAUCGUCGGCGCCGGCAAAGGGUGGCGGAUGCCCCCCAACAGGACGUACUACGCGGACUGGGCGAGCGCCAGGCAGAUCAGCGUCGGCGACAAGCUGAUGUUCCUGUACCGGAGCGGGGCGCACAACAUCGUGGAGGUGCCGACGCGGGAGCUGUUCGACGUGUGCAGCAUGCACAACAUCACCAACCGGUACCAGAACGGGCCGACCAUCAUCGAGCUCACGGAGCCCGGCCAGCGCUUCUACUUCUGCGGCGUCGGCGAGCACUGCGAGGUCGGGCAGAAGCUCGCCAUCAACGUCCUCCUCGUCCCGCCGCCGCCGCCGGACACGGACGACGACGACGACGAGGACAACGACGACAACGGGGACAGCUCCGGCGCCUCCGCCCGGCUCCUGGCCCACGCGGGAGCGGGGCUCGCCGCCGCCUGCAUGUGCCUGGCGUCCGCGCUGCUAGUGGCAAUGUGAAUUGGCAUGCCGCCGCCGCCGUAGAUUGGCGCGCGAUUGCUGUCGUUGGCGUUGCUUCUUGUUGGGUGUAUGUGUAUCAGUGUCGUGUUGUUGGCGUGUG